AUGUCGACCUCGUCGCCGUCCCUCAAGACGACCAAGUCUCGCUCGCCGUCCAUGUUUCGCGCCGACUCGGGCAAGGAGCCUGUCGUGCGGGCCAAGGUGCUCGCCGUGGGCGGCGUGGCGGGCACGAUGGAGGAGCUCACGGGCCACCGCCAGGAGCUUCGCGUCUCGAUGGGGCUCGGCGCUCUCCUCGCCCUCACCCUCGCCAACGUCGCGCCGACCGCCGCGAUUUGCGGUUCUCUCUCGACGUCCCUCAUUUCCGGCGGCGCGACCGCCCUCCUGUACGGCUGGGUGAUCGUCGGCGUCCUCAUUCUCUGCGUCGCAGCGUCUCUCGCCGAGAUGUGCUCGGCGUGGCCGCACGCCGCAGGUCAAGCGCUCUGGGCGUUCCAGCUCGCGCCGCCUCGGUGGGCGCCGUUCCUCUCGUACUGGACGGCGUACAUGAACAUCGCUGGCGGGUGGGCCCUCAUCGCCGCAGGAGCCUACAUCCUCGCCGACGGCGUCCUCGCCAUCGUCACCGCCUACCGGCCCGACUACGUCGCAGAAGCGUACCACCUCGUCCUCACCGGCAUCGCAGGCCUCGUCCUCUUCUUUGUCAUCAACCUCUUCAUCGUGCGCGUUCUCGACCAGAUGACCAAGGCGUUCGCGAUCAUCAACAUCAGCUCGGUCAUCGCUACCGUCGUCGCCCUCGCCAUUUGCGCCCCGGCCAAGCAGUCGCCGUCGUUCGUCUUUACGACCGAGGGUUUCGUCAACGAGACCGGGUGGAGCAACAAAGGCUUUGUGUUCCUCCUCGGCCUCAUCCAGGCCGGCUUCACGUUCUGCGGCAUCGAGGCGAGCGCGCACCUGUGCGAGGAGGCGCAUGACGCAGCUCGUCUCGCGCCUAUCGCCGUCCUCGCCGGGACCGCUCUCGUCGGCGUCGUCGGAUUGUGCUGGAUCCUCGCCCUCCUGUUCUGCAUCCAGGACAUCUCGGCCGUCACGGCGGCGCCGGUCCCCGUACUGAAGAUCUUCCAGGACGCGUUCGGCUUGCGUGGCGCGACGGCGGCGUUCGCCAUCAACCUCCUCAUCCUCACGUUCGCCUGCAUCGGCAUCGUCAUGGCGUCCUCUCGCGCGGUAUGGUCGAUGGCGCGCGACGACGGCUUCCCCGGCUCGAGGGCGUUCAAGCGCAUCAACAAGCGCCUCGACGUCCCCGUCAACGCGCUCCUCCUCCAGGUCACGAUCCCGGCGUGCCUCCUCCUCAUCUACCUCGGGUCCAACACCAUCUUCUUCGCCAUCUUCCAGCUCACGUCGGAAGGCUACCUCAUCUCGUACUUCAUCCCGAUCGCCCUCCUUCUCUUCCGUGGUCGCGACCUCUUGCCUAUCGCCUACUGGCGCCUGCCGGACCGCGUCGCCAAGGUCUGCAACGCCGUCUCCCUCUUCUACGUCGUCUUCAUCUGCGUCCUCUUCUGUCUGCCCAACUUUAACCCGGUCACCUCGUCGUCGAUGAACUAUACGAGCGCAAUCUUGGCCGUGGCCGUGCUGGUCGGCACGAUCGGCUGGUACGUCGAGGUGCGCCACAAGUACAAGGGCCCGGCGUCGGCGCACCUGCAGGACAAGGCGGGCGAGGCGUGAAGCUUCGCCUUUCGCUCUCUCUUUCUCGAUUUUCCUCUGUGUAGAUCUGUUCGUCCUUGUAAAGCCACGCCCGAGCGACUGUGUGCGA